CAUUUGUGGUUGUAAAUGAGCUGUCAGAAUACUCAAUUAGAUUUGUUUACCCAAAAAAAAUUAUUUUCAAUUAAUGCUUUUCUCAAUUUAACCGUGUAGUUACUAGUUGUUUAUAUUCUUUGCUCAGUCUAACUAAAAAUCAGGACCUUCAACUCAGUAUGAAGCGGAAGUCUCAGGAUGGCAAUAUACCAUCUUAUGCAAAACGAAAAACAGAAAUAGUUUUCGAUCCUAAAAAUCGGGUUGAAUUUCUUACCGGAUUCCACAAACGGAAAAUACAUCGAAAGAAGGUUGCCCAAAAUGAGGUAAAACGCCAAAUAAAAUUAGAAACUCAGCGCAUCCGAAACGUGGCUAAAGACAAUGUCAAAAAGCUGUACCAUUCUUACAAACCUAUCCCAGAACUUAACGAUCAGGAUCAGGAUGAUCAAGAGUACGAUACAGAAAAUGUUACCGUCAAGGUAAUCGAAUUGUCCACCACUGAUUUGGCGAAGGAAAAUAACUGGAUCGGUGAGAAUCGAGCAUUGCUGCGUAAUGGUGAAACCGAUGAAGAACAAAGCGAAAAUUCAUGCAGUGAGGAAGAAAAUGAGUUGUCAACGGUACCCGGUAUGGAUUUGGUGGGAACCAAUCCGAAGAAAACGAGCAAACAGUCGGAACUUGAACAAAAGGUCCCUGAUCAGCUAGUUGAAACUAAACAAAGUUCGAAAGAAGAGAAGAAACAACGGGGUCCAGUAUUGAAUCUAGAUGGGGUAAAAUCCAAGAAAGAGCUCAAUCGAAAACUUAAGCGUCAUGCUCUAAAAUGCAGACAAAAGAGCAAACCAUUCCAGCUCUCGGUUCGCGCUCAACAGCAGAAGCAACUGAAAAAAUCACGUCGAGUGAAACACUUCAAGGAAAAACAUUUGAAGCAGAAAGGGAAAAACCAUGAAGUUAAUGGCAAUCGAAAGAAACGUGGUAGGCGCGAGUAAAUAGUAGUUAAUAAACGUUUUCUGGAUUAAUUUGUUCGAACUGUUGAUUUAUCGAAAAAUAAUACCUAUCGGAAUAUUUAA